AUGCUGGACGAGCAGAUGCGCGCCGCCGGCGACCCGGAGCUGCAGAGGCUGCUAAAGCGGAUCCGACUGGGCGUGCAGGAUCACACCGACCUAGACCUCCUUAACUCAAGAUGCUACCGGGAAGGCAGGCGAAUCCCGUGGGAGACAGGCAUCACCGUGGUCACGCCGCUAAAUAGGAACCGGUGGAAUCUCAACAUGGAGGCGAGCUUAGCAUUCCAGAUGCAACGACGUUUGACGAUACGCAUCUUCAUCUCCGAGCAUAAGUGGAAGGAGGGGCUGCCGACCGAGGAAGAGGCCAUCAUGAUGCUAAACCAGGGCGACGACAGCGCGACCCCAGUGCCGGGCGUCUUUAUGUUUGUGGCCGGGAUGCCGGUCGUCGUGAACCACAACACCCACCAGGGGCUGAAGCUGGUGAACGGCGCCAGCUACACGGCGGCCGAGGUCAUCGUCGACAAGGUGCACCCGGCGCAUCGCAUCUCGGCCGAUAUGGCGAUCCACUUCGGGCCGCCGGCGGCGAUCAUACUAGGGUCGGAGACGACUAAGGACUUCCACUUCGUCGGGAUGCCGCCCGGCACGAUCCUGCUGACGCCUAUGAGCGUCAGGAUCCAGUGUCACCGGAAGCGACCGUGGCAGCAGAAGGAGGUCACCCGCAAGGGCCUGCCGUGCGCCGCGGCCUUCGCGUGCACCGAUUAUAAGGUGCAGGGCGGGACGCUCGAGCGUGUCGCGCUCGAGCUGCGAGGACGAGGACGACAAACGUCGGUGGACACGGCAUCAUGCUCAUAUCGGAGAACCGUCCGGGAGGCGCUGCGCUGGCUCGGCGACGACUUCGAAUACGCGUAG